UGUUUGAACGUGCCAGAGGGGAAGAGAGAGAGAGAGAGAGGGAGAGCGAGAGGGACUGAGGAAAUAGAAGUGUUACUACUGGGUUGUGCUGCCUGGCUCUAGAAGACCGACAUGGAGAAUAUGCAUCGCCCCACAGCACACACAGACACCGGACACCAGACACCGAACACCACGUAAAAUGUGAUUCAAAGGCCUCACUAUCAGCGGUGAUUUUUCCACUUCUCCCAUUCCUUUUUUUAGUUUUAUUUUGCGCUGCCUCCUCUCUCCUUAUUUCUGUGUGUGGAUCCCCCCUCCCUCCCUCCACCACUUCUGUCACUCUCUCCAUUUCCAAAGGAGGGAUCUGUGAAUCAAGUGCAACAGAAGAAGAACAUGAGUCUCGGGGAAUGAUGCCGCUGCCGUUUGUGCCACCCUCCCUGUCGCCAUGACGAUGCCGCUCAGCCCCCUCUCCAGUGACGAGGAGCAGCAAAGGAUGCUGGGAAACAAUAGACAUCUAUAUCCUGGGGCAGAGGACGAGGAAGAGGAGGAGGAGGAAGAUGAAGAAGAGGAGGGUGAGGAAGAUGACCGUGAUGAGGAGGGAGAAGAUGGGGAGAAUGGAGAGCUGGAGGGAGAAGAGGAGGAAGAGGAAGAAGUCAGGCGAGGAGGAGGCAUGUCGCGAGGAGGCAGGGAUGAGGGGCACAGGCAAUUAGGCAAAAUGGCUGGACGACCCGCAGGAGACAGACAGAUACGACCCGGCAACAUCGGGCACACAGUAAACCCUUAUUCGUCCAACCAUGGACCCACCCAUCAACAGCCAGCCAAUCAGCAGCAGCAGCAGAAGAGGCUGAGAGAGCAUAGCUCCAGCAGGGCGCCGUCAGAGGACGCCCACAUCGCCAUGAUGGUGUUCCGCAUUGGCAUCCCCGACAUCAAACAGACGAAGUGUUUGCGGUUCAACCCGGAUGCGACCGUUUGGAAGGCCAAGCAGCAGGUGCUAUGUUCUCUGACCGAUUCGUUGCGGGAUGUGUUGAACUACGGCUUGUUCCAACCAGCCACCGAAGGCCAUGACGCCAAGUUCCUGGAGGAGGAGAAGAUGCUGAGAGAGUACCCACAAUCCUUUGAGAAGGGGGUACCAUAUCUGGAGUUUCGUUACAAGACCAGAGUGUACAAACAGACCAAUCUAGAUGAGAAACAGCUGGCUAAACUGCACACUAAGGCCAGUCUGAAGAAGUUCAUGGACUAUAUCCAAAGUGGCUCUGUGGACAAGAUGGCCAAGUUCUUGGACAAAGGGCUUGACCCCAACUACCAGGACCCUGACACAGGAGAAACCCCCCUGACGUUGGCUGUGCAAUGUGAGCCGGGGGGAGGGGAGGCCAUACGGGGGCUGGUGCUGGGAGGGGCUCAUCUUGAUUUCAGGUCCAAGGACGGACUCACACCUCUACACAAGGCUGUCCGCAGCCACUGCCACACAGCGUUGCUGACCUUGCUGUCUCUGGGUGCGUCUCCAGACUAUAAGGACCGGCGGGGCUGA